AUGGGAGACUACUUUAAGAAGUAUGAUGAGGGCAAUUCCAAACCACCAACUGGAACGUUACAUUUCACUGAUUUGGUGAGAUAUUUUCUAUCUGUCAAGCACCCGAAGUUAUCAGCAGAUACAGAACCGAUAAAAAAUCUUUAUAGUGCAACCUUGCUGCACCAAGCAGGAAUUAAGUUCAAGCCAUUGCGGAAGGAAUGCUUGCUUGACCUAAGAGCCUGGGAUUGGAUUUCUGAUUCAAAAGAAAACGGGAAUCCAGUCAAGAAAGGUGAGUUACAUAUGCCACCCCUUGAAAUCGACAACAGCACCGAAUGUCUCUUCCGAAACCUCAUGGCCUUGGAACAGUGUCAUUAUCCAAGAGAUGAGUAUAUCUGCCGUUAUGUUAAGCUAUUGGAUUUUCUUGUGGACGUUGAAAAAGAUGUGGAUUUGCUUAUUGAAAACAAAGUUAUUGUUAGCAGGCUUGGUGACAGUAAAGCUGUGGCGAAGCUUCUUAACAAACUUUGCCUAGAAAUAGAAGAAGUUCCUUCAAGUUAUGAUAAUCUCUCCAAACUGCUGAAUGAUUACUAUGAGAGCUCGUGGAAUAAAAACAAAACAUACUUAGUAAGCGUCUAUUUCCAAAAUGUUUGGAUUGGUACUGGAACUGUUGUUGGAUUAAUCAUCCUAGCCAUCACUGUAGCAAGGUUUAUCAUGUACCUUUUCCGCUGA